UUCAUGCAGUAAAACAAUUUUAUUGAAACAAACAAAAUUAAAUUCAAAAUAUUUCAAAAACCAUUUUGAAGAAUCUCAUUAGGGUGUUUUGAAUGUAAUAUUCUAUAAUUUGAUCCCACUCUCGUUUCAAAAGCGAUUUCUACAAUCGUAAGUUGCCCUUACUCCUCGAUGCGACGCUAUGAUUCCAUUCCCACACUUGUGCCGGAUUCGCGAAUGGGCGUAAUUCUCCCAGUUUUACUUUCCUAAUUCCUGGUAGAAAUAAAAAACGUAGAAGAUCGUAAAAAGGCAAACAAGUUGCCUGGAUUUCUGCUGAUAACCCUAUUCUAAUCGGUGCUAAGUAGUAAAAGGGGAGCAAACAACGAUCUAUUUUUUUACUUUAAAAUAAACUUAUAACAAAAGUAAAAAUGAUACGUGUAGCUGUUGUAACCGGAGGGAAUAAAGGAAUUGGGUUUGCCAUUGUGAAGGGACUUUGCAAACAAUUCGAUGGAAUUGUAUACUUAACCGCUCGGGAUGUUACUCGCGGACAAAAUGCAGUAAAAGAAUUAGAAGAAGAGGGUUUAACACCAAAGUUUCAUCAAUUAGACAUUACUGAUGAAAACAGUAUUAAUGUCUUUCGCGAUUACUUGCAAAAAACGCAUGGAGGACUCGAUAUCUUAGUAAACAAUGCUGCCAUUGCAUUCAAAACGGCUGCAACAGAAUCAUUUUCAGUGCAAGCUGAAGAAACUUUAAAAAUAAAUUACUUCAGUCUAAGAAAAGUAUGCGAGAUACUUUAUCCAUUAUUGAAACCUCAUGCACGAGUGGUACAUGUUUCAAGUUCUCUUGGUCAUUUGUCAAAGAUUCCCAGUGAAUCACUGAAAAAACGAUUUUCCGAUACAAAGCUUACAGAAGAAGAAUUGGAUAACCUCAUGCGCGAAUUUGUAGAAGCUGCAAAGGCUGGUAAUUAUUUGGAAAAGGGUUGGGGAAAUUCUACUUAUGCUGUAAGCAAAGUUGGAGUGUCCGCUCUAGCCAGAGUCCAUCAAGCUAUGUUCAAUUCUGAUUCAAGAAAGGAUCUUGUGGUAAAUGCUGUGCAUCCUGGUUAUGUUGACACUGAUAUGACCAGCCACAAAGGAAUUUUAAAACCAGAUGAAGGUGCUGUAGCUCCUAUUUACUCAGCGUUACUACAAGAGAACACGGACAUAAAGGGCAAAUACAUAUGGUUUGAUAAAUCAUUGGUGGACUGGAUGAAAGAUAUGUGAAUAGACCCUGCACAAUCAUAUUCCUUCUCUUUAUAUAAUAUAUACAUGUAUAACAAAACACAAUGUAAUAAAUUCUUUUACACAAUAAAA